AUGGCCAAUCAACUGGGCGGCAUUCUGAGCGGCAGUCUGGGCGGCAGUCUGGGCGGCAGUCUGGGCGGCAGUCUGGGCGGCAGUCUGGAUGGCGGUCUGACUGCGAGAGUGGCAUCACAGCAGCAGGGCCUUCCUCUCUCCUUCUCCCUCCUCUCCCCGUCCUUCUCAUCCCUUGCACCUUUCUCCCCCACGCUGCUCAACCCGCCUGCACUGCUCUCCACCGCACCCUCCACUCUCGCAUCAACACCCAUCUCGUCACCAGAGCUAGCAGAGUCAGCUGCAGGGUCGAUCUGGGACUUCAUAGUGGGGCAGAGGGAGGCCAUGGAGGCUCGGUGGAAGGCCGCUCUGCCCCUCCCAGGGAGAGGUGGUGGUUCUGCCAGUGGUGGGAGCAGAGGGGGGGGGUAG